AUUCUUCGUUCUAGGCGAUGGAAGGCUUGGCGCUGGCUCUCGACUCCUCAUCGAGCAACGCCUUGCAUUCCGCCGCGCUCUUAAGCGCUUCAUCGGUAGCUGGGAUCGCGUCUCUGUUUCCCAGGAACUGGGCGUUCUGCGAUGCCAAAGUCGACUCGUCCGAGGACGACUGGCUGGGGAGAUGGAUGCCUACGUAUGGAACCGAGGAGAGCAAGCGAUAUGCGUUCAAGACUUACGACAUCGAGCUCAAGCCGCUCUUCUCGGCGUUCCGGCCGAAAGCUCUCGGCACCACUGGGUUGCGAGCGCUGCUCGUGAAUUUCCUCCCGCUGCUCGAGGCGUACAUGAAGGUCGAGGAGGACGAGGACGACGAAGAGGAUCGUCCCACGGAGACUUCUCCGGAUUUCAGGCUGGCUUUCAAGCGCUCGGGGACUCACGCUUUCCGCGAGGUUUCUGUAAUCACUGUGAGGCGAGUUUUGGAGCGCAUUGUUGAGCAAGUCGUCUCCGCCCGGACUGCUUGGAAGCUUUUAAAAGACGUUCCAAAGUCUGCCGUGAGAAAGGCCAGAAGACACAUCACGAAGAUCGAAUUAUUCACGGGUGUCGCGAAAACAACCUUCCGAGCGCAUGCUCUCGGAGUUGGAGCGAGUUGCCUGGUCCAAGAAGUUCUUGAUAUUUACAGAUCCGGGAGAGUUAUCUACAUUCACAGGCAAAACCCGGGCCGCGCCAAAGGGAACAAGAAAGAGAUAGACGUCCUCCACAGCUUGGCACGAAGAACAGCUGGGAACUCCUUAAAGGCAGUGGCAUCGCUAACGUGUGCAUCGAUUGGAGCCGGGUGUGGGGCUGUGCUAAUAAAGCCUUCCACGGGGACAUGGAUUGGUCUGGCCGUUGGCGACUUAGCCGGAGCAUUUUUGGUAGGAUACUGCCUAGACAGUUGGAUCUACAAGACAUCGUCAUCCUGAUGCAGUAGAGAGCUUCCGCCAGCUUCACAUUGGUUAUUGAAACAUCAAGUAACACCAUUGCGAUUUCCUUCUUACAAUGUCAGCUGGUUUUCUGGUUUUCUU